AUGAAGAUAGGAAACCAAAGUGUUGAAACCUAUUUUAUACUUUUUGGUCUUUUCCAAUAUGGUCAAAUGGACACUCUCCUCUUUGUUGCCAUUGUAAUCCUCUUUUCAGUGGCUCUCAUGGGGAAUAUCAUACUAAUUUUUCUCAUUCGACUGGACACCAGACUCCACACACCAAUGUAUUUCCUACUCAGUCAGCUCUCCUUUAUUGACAUGAUGUAUAUCUCCACCACUGUGCCCAAGAUGACCACUAACUUCCUGUCAAACAGUAAGACCAUUACAUUUUUAGGUUGUGAGGUUCAAACAUUUGUGUUCUUGGCUCUUGGUGGAACUGAAGCCCUUCUUCUUGGUUUCAUGUCCUAUGAUCGAUACAUAGCCAUCUGUCACCCUUUACAUUACCCUGUACUCAUGAGCAAAAGGAUCUGUUGGUUCAUGGUCACAUGUACAUGGACCAGUGGUUCUAUCAAUGCUUUACUACAUACAUUGUAUGUAUUUCAACUUCCAUUCUGUAGGUCUCAGAUCAUUAACCAUUUUUUCUGUGAAAUUCCAUCUCUUUUGCCAUUGGUGUGCCAGGACACUUCCCAAUAUGAGCAUACAGUCCUCCUGAGUGGGCUUAUUAUUCUGCUGCUACCAUUUAUGGCUAUUCUAUCUUCUUAUGCCUGUGUCCUUACUGUGGUGUUCCAGAUGAGCUCAGGUAUAGGACAGACAAAAGCUGUCUCCACUUGCUCCUCUCACCUGAUUGUGGCAAGCCUAUUUUAUGUGACUACUCUCUACACCUAUACAAGGCCACACUCUUUGCAUUCUCCAGAACAGGAUAAGGCAGUGGCAGUGUUUUAUACCAUCAUCACACCUCUUGUGAACCCAUUUAUUUAUAGUCUGAGGAAUAAAGAGGUGAUCAGGGCCAUAAGGAGAAUGUUGUGGGUGUGUACAUUUGUACAGAAAAUAUGA